AAUACAGUAAUAAUACCUGGUAAACUUUUUAUACCUAAAAACAAGUUCAUAAAAUCCACACCCAAAUUUUGUGUAUUUCGUAGGAAACUGCAACUUUUUUUCUCAUACCUUAAAUAUGUUAAGAUCAAAAUUGCUGUUAAACUGUACAAUGAAGCAGAAAGUAUUGGACUUCUAGAAAAUCUCUAACUUCUUUUUGUCUUGGUAUUGCUAUUUUUUUUCUUUAUUUUAUCGCUGUUCUUAUUUUGUACUGUGUUUUUUUAUUAUUAUUUUCUUUCUCUGCUCGCAUUCCUCUUGUGUCUGUUGUUUGGACCUGUCUGUUCUUGUAUUGUCCUUGAAAUUGUUAAUAAAGAAUUGUAAAAAAAAAAAAAUCUCACAUGCAGAUGACGUGUUAGUAAACAAACGCUUACCCAAUCAAGAGCGUCUUCUGGGUCAGCUGACCGGAAGUGGCGCUGUGUUGUCAAAAUGGCAGGACACGAACAUCAUCAUCACUUUUCGCUGUGCUUCUGUGACUUAAUGAGGCUGAUGUGGUCUCUGGUGGCGCCCUGCGCCGUCCUCAGCCUGCUCCUGACCCUGACCCUGCUGCUGGUCCUGCUGGGGCUCCGGCUGUGGCUGCAGGGUCGCCGCAAGGCUCGCUGGGCCCGGGACGGCGGUCCCAGCGUGGCCUUCUUCCACCCAUACUGCAACGCGGGCGGUGGCGGGGAGCGGGUCCUGUGGUGCUCUCUGAGAGCCCUCAUGAACAGAUACCCUGGCGUCUCCUUCGUAGUGUACACGGGGGACCAGGGAGUGACAGGUGAGCAGAUCCUGGAGGGAGCGCAGCAGCGUUUCAACAUCACCCUGCCUCGACCGGUCGCCUUCGUCUUUCUGCGGCGUCGCUCUGUGGUGGAGGCCAGCUCGUAUCCUCACUUCACCCUUCUGGGUCAGAGCGCCGGCUCCAUGUUCCUCGGAUGGGAAGCUCUCACAGCCUUUGUUCCUGAUCUGUACGUGGACUCAAUGGGCUAUGCCUUCACACUGCCAAUCUUCCGCUAUCUGGGAGGGUGCAAGGUAGCAAGCUACGUUCACUACCCCACAGUCAGCACUGACAUGCUGUCUGUGGUCAGAGAGAGGAACCCCCGAUUCAACAACGCCGACUUCAUCUCCAGAAACCCGCUGCUGAGCACGGUGAAGGUGGUGUACUACUGCUGCUUCGCCCUGCUGUACGGCCUGGCUGGCUCCUGCAGCGACGUGGUCAUGGUGAACUCCACCUGGACGCUCGGACACAUCCUGGCCCUUUGGAGAUCUCCGAGCCGCACCAGCAUCGUCUACCCGCCCUGUGAUGUCAGAGCCUUCUUGGACAUCCCUCUGGAAGAGGAGGACGAGGAGGAUGUGGAGGGAUGGGAGGAGCUUGGCCAAGAACUGGGGAGUGGAGAGGAGGAAGCAGGAAGAGGAGAAGACAAGAAGGGCCACACCAUCGUGUCAGUGGGGCAGUUCAGACCAGAGAAGGACCACCAGCUGCAGAUCAAAGCCUUUCGUAAGCUGCUGGAACGAAAGGGGGAGGAGCCUGUGGGCCGGGAGUCGCUGCAGCUGGUGCUGGUGGGGGGCUGCAGGAACCAGGAAGACGAGGAGCGCGUGCAGAUGCUUCGAGGUCUUUGCCAGGAGCUGGGCGUGGCUGACUGCGUCAAAUUCAAGCUGAACAUUCCCUUUGAGGAGCUGAAGAGGGAGCUGGUGAACGCCACCAUCGGCCUGCACACCAUGUGGAACGAGCACUUUGGCAUAGGCGUAGUGGAGUGCAUGGCUGCAGGCACCAUCGUCCUCGCUCAUAAGUCCGGCGGUCCAAAGCUGGACAUCGUGGUCCCGUACAACGACAGGCAGACGGGCUUCCUGGCAGACAGUGAGGACAGCUACGCCGCAGCCAUGGAAACCAUCCUGGCGCUGUCGCCAGCCGCUAGACUGGAGAUCAGACGCGCCGCCCGCGAAUCUGUCAGUCGAUUCUCUGACCAGGAAUUCGAAGCGUGUUUCCUCGCUGCCACGGAGUCUCUGAUGAGUCAGCUGACCCUCUGAGGAGGAGCGGAGGAGCCGCCACGGACCAGGAAGCUUCCACAUACGUCCUCCUUCUGCUGUGUGUUCUCAUGUCUGCCUGAUGACAGAGCAGGUCAAACAGAAACCCCUAUGAAUGAUGGGAAAGGGCUUCAAAAACUGUCCGGACAUCAACCACAAGAGCCAUCAAUAAUUCCUGGCUAUCGUAGAGUCAAAUUGCCAUAAUAAUCUGCUGUGUAGAAAGUGAAAACCCAAACAUUCCAGCUUUCUCCUUUGCGUGUCUUAAACUGUCGCGGCUGUAGUUAAAUGACUGACACUGUUGGUGUUCCAAACGCUUCAAAUAGGUCAAGAAGGAAAUCAGGAAACAGGAUGAAAUUAUUGACUGGGUGUAAAGUAAAUUGAUUGUUUUUUUUGGGUUCAGAAAGAUUUGUUAAAUAUUGAAUUUUCUUGUUCUGCUUUUUAGCACUUAAUCCAGUGUUGGGUCAAAGAAACGGACAGAGUCCUGUUUGAAGUUCUGUUCACUUCCAUUUAUUCUUGUUUGUUAUAAGGACCAAGCAUGAAAAUAAUCCCAGAAAUAUUAUAAAGCUAGAGUUUAAAGAGGCAUUGCUACUAUUUAAGUUUAUUUAAUGAGGGUGUUUGGGUUGGGGAAUGAUUGCAAUAAAUAAAUGAAGGACUUGUAAAGGAUGCUGAAGCUGAGAGCUGUUCACUGCUGGAAGGAAGCAUCACCAUGAUCGUCUCCCAGCAUAUUCACCUCCAGAAGAAACGUACCCCCAAAAAUGCGCAAUUGGAGAUCAAAGGAAAAAUACCCUCCAUAAAAACAAGGAUCAUCAUUUAGGGGUAAAACUCAAAAUAAAACUUUGCGUUUUACCACUGGAAUCAUGGACAGACAUUCUUUUCUGAAACCACCUCUCAGUGGGCAUUUGAGGAACAUGUUUAGGAACAGAAGGUGUGGGGCUUUUAUUUAUAAAGGAACUUAUCCAUAUCUGCACGUCAGUGUCAUGUUAAUCCAAACUUGUCAUUCAGUCAGCAGGUGCAUUAACCUUUCAACCCUGGAGCUCCAGUCUUUGUGUUCUUUGAUUUACUAUAGUUUUUCGUGCGAGGAGGCCCUCUGUGCCUAGAAAACUGCUGCGUGGGGAGACCUGCUUCGCGAGGAGGCCUUCUGCAUAGGAGGCCUUCUGCGAUAGGAGGCCUUCUGCAUAGGAGGCCUUCUGCGAUAGGCCUGCUGUGCCAGGAGGUCCGCUACAGGAGGUCUGCACCGUCAGGAGGCCACUGCACGAGGAGGCUGCGCUAGUUUUUUUUUUCACACUCAUUUUUUUAUUGAGUUUUUCCAAAAAGGUGUUACUUCAGUACAUUGGAUGCAAAUCUCCACCUUGAAAUCCCUGAUAAACAUAAUAUCCCACAGGACUGUACUCCAAUGAACAUCCUUUCACAUGUGAUCGAUUAUCUUCAUACUUAUUACCACCUACACCAUUACCUUUUAUAAAUGAAAACUUUAUCAUUCAGUACUUUCUCACACCAUUAUUUUAAAAUAAAAAUAUAAGGUAUCAGAAGAAAAGGAACAAAAAAGAGAACACCCUAAAUUGUGGCAACAUAACUGGGGAUGAAUCAUUGUUUCAAAGUCAAAUAAAAUCUGCCCUCAUUGGCCUGAUGCAUUUCUCUCCAAAUAAAAUUCAAUUUAUCCCAUUCCAAUAUAAGAGAGUAAGUUAGUAAGUUAGCUUCUCCAUUACAUACAUUUCUUGAAUAAUGUCCAUCAGUCUUUAGCUCUCAGAAUCUCAGUCUUCACCCAUUUUCUAGUAAUCCCCUUUUCCCCCAUAACUAACAUAAUUCUGAGCAUCUUCAUAUUUGCAGCUCUUUUCACUUCUACAUUCCUCUUUCCCAAAUAAAGCACUUCAAAUUUCAA